AAGCUUACCCACUGAGGUUAAACUGCUCGACUGCAGGUAAUGUGUGCGCCCUCGCGUGCGGUUAAAAUCCACUGGAGGAGUCCGCUCUCUUGGGAGCCACCACCGGAGGCACCACGGCGUAGACGACGGACGCACUGACAUACCAAGUGGCCGCAGCCCAUCAAGUGGUGUGGCGCCGUGAUGAGGAACGUUUUGAAGUGGACCUGCCUGCUGUUGCUCGUUGGCACGCCACAUGCCAAAGGUCACAGUCCUCCAGGGAAGCCCACACUGACCAGCUGUCGCUCCCCAGAAAAAGAGACCUUCACUUGCUGGUGGCAGCCGGGCUCAGACGGGGGACUGCCCACCGCUUACGCCCUGUACUACCGCAAAGAAAACUCCGAUGCAGUGUACGAGUGUCCUGACUACUUUACGGCGGGGCAGAACUCGUGCUUCUUUAACAAGAACGACACGUCCAUCUGGGUCAACUACAACAUCACCGUCGUGGCCACCAACAGGCUGGGCAGCACCUUCUCCGACCCUGUGGACAUCGACGUGGUCUAUAUUGUCCAGCCCAAUCCGCCAGAGAACGUGUCGCUGACCAUCAUGGAGGACAAAGGCUGGCCCUUCCUCCGGGUGGCAUGGCAGCCGCCCCGCAAGGCCGACACCCGCUCCGGCUGGAUCACGCUCAUCUAUGAGAUUCGCAUCAGGCUGGAGCGAGAAAACGAGUGGGAGACGCAUGUGGCGGGCCAGCAGAAGCUGUUCAACAUUUUCAGUCUGCGGUCAGGCGGAGCUUACCUUGUUCAGGUGCGCUGCAAGCCCGAUCACGGCUUUUGGAGCGAAUGGAGUUCUGCCUCCCACAUCCGUUUUCCUGAUUAUUUCCACCGAGAGAAGUCAACGUGGAUCGUCAUCACGGUGUUUUGUUUCUUCAUCUUCCUCAUCAUUUCGUGGUUGUUGCACAUGAAUAGUCACAGCUUGAAGCACUGCCUCCUGCCACCUGUCCCUGGUCCUAAAAUAAAAGGAUUCGAUCAGCAACUUCUCAAGAACGGCAAGUCCGAAGAUGUCUUCAGCGCACUGGUAUUGUCUGAUUUCCCCCCGAUGUCAUCAUCAAACUAUGAGGACCUUCUAGUGGAGUACUUGGAGGUGUAUGUGCCAGAGGAGCAGGAGGUGAUGCUGGAGGAAAGCAAGGCUCUCCAUAGCGGUUGCUUCAAGUCGGAGAGCUCCACGUCCGAUAGUGACUCGGGCCGGGGCAGCUGCGACAGCCACACCCUCCUGAUGGAUAAAGGCGGUCAGUCUAAAGAAAAUGAGGACAACCCAGUGGGGACAGAGGACCAGGUGGAAGGGGAAGACUGGGAAGAGGAAGGGUUGGAUGCUAAAGAAGACAUGGGCGGUGUAGAUGUUCCCAGUGGGAGGGUGAAGACCUGGCCGUCAGUGUUCACUCCAUUGCCUACAAGCGCUUCGAGCCCAUUGGACCAACAGAUCUCACGAGAGCACUGCCUCUCCGACAGCAUGAUCUGCACCGAGGGGGUUCUCGGACCGGACACCUCAGAGUUCUCCUUGAGCACCGCCAAGCUUGCAGUACCACAGCUGUGCAAGCCAGUCAAGUCCCGCAGCGACAUCAACAUCUCCACAUUCAGCCACAAACGGUCUGUGGACAACGACGGGGUCCGUUCGGUCAUGGAGGACCAAACGGCGCUCCUCCAGCCGUUCGUGUUCCAGGAGCGGGACUACAGUAAGGUGAAGAGAAUUGGCACCGAUAACACGCUGCUGCUCCAGAGAUUGGCGGAUGUGUCGGAAGGACGUCUGGACACCUGCGAGGAGCAAGCCAAUUCUGCUGGGAUUGAUGUUAAAGCCACACCAGUGUGUAUGCACGCCACCCUGCCAGGGCGAGAGGACACGGUGCUGGCAACAAGCGGUUAUGUUGACACUGCUGCCAUUUUCCCAAUGCCAACUUACUGAGCAUCCGAGUAUAGGAUGUCACAUGACCUCCCUUAGGUUUGCUGCACAAAAAGUAUUUUGCAUCCAUCUCUGGUUUGGAGACGACUCAUUUUAAAGAAGAUGACUGCCGUUUAUUGAUGAGUCUUUGUGUAAAAAGACAACCCUCCCUUUUCAAGCCAUGUCUUUGGAAAAAAAAUAUUUUUAAAGACACAAAAUCAUGGUUUCAGUAUCAGUGAAAUAAUUCCUUAGCUGCUCAACAGCUAAGAAAUAUAUUGGGGUCAGUAUGGUUGAAGUCGGGGAUGUCCAAGGUGCGCGUGUGCUCUCUCGUCGCACGCGCAUUGUUUGAUCCAGUCUGGCAUUUAAUGUCAUUGUGUUAAAAAGUUGAAGUGUUUCAGGGCAAUGACAAAUUUUCUGUGCACCACUUAAAGCAGGGGUGUCCAAAGUCCAGCCUGGGGGCCAUUUGUGGCUCGCGGAAAAUUAGAGAUAAAAUAAAAAAACAGCAAAAAUGGGAAAAAGUACAGUAAAAAGGCAAAAUGUAAAGAAAAAUAGGUGACAUGUUGAUACUAAUCAUUUAGAACAAGAACAUUAGCUUUAAGUAUAUGUAAAUAUAUAUAUAUAUAUAUUUAGCCUUUUUGCCAUAUCUUCUUGAUUUUUCUGUAUGCGGCCCUUGGUAGAAAAAGUUUGGACACCCCUGACUUGCUGCAUUUGCUCUAUUUUUCAUUCGGAGACAAUUUUUUUGUACAGAAGAUUUAAAUUCUUUAAAUGAUACAUUGGUUCUAUAAGGGGCUGUAGCUUUUGGUGAUAAACUGUUGCGUUAUUUUAUUUUUCUUGUAUUUAAUGUAUGCUUCUGUGCAUAGCUCCACUGUACUGAUUUCAGGAGCAGCACAACAAAACAAAUAUAAACAUGAUGCUGAUUAAUAUACUGUACAAUAUUUUUAAAAAUGCACACAUUUUGUUCUGAAAUAGGGAUGGGCGAUAUGGUCUAAAAUUCAUAUUGCGGUACAUUGCAUACUUUGAAGUCUCUCGCGAUAACGACAAACAGUAGAUCCCCGUUCAGAUAGUCAUUGAGACGCCCAUAAAAACGUUCAUUUUUUACAGUGUGGAUUUCGUUUCUGUGCACGGACUAAAUCCUGAAUGCUAUGUCAGCAUUGUUUUCCCUGUGUCUUAUCUUAUCUGGUCUUAUUCAAAAAAUAAAACAAUUCAAAACGUUGGAAAACAGUGGAUUGCACCCUCCAGGUUGGGAGUGAGGUCCUGCCCCGGUGGAGGAGUUCAGGUUUCUUCACGAGUUUGUUCACGAGUGAGGGAAGGGCGGAGUGUGAGGUCGACAGGCGGAUCGUCGAAGCGUCUGCAGUAAUACCAUCGCUGUACAGGACCGUCGUGGUGAAGAGGGAGCUGAGCUGGAAGGCACGACACGGCCAUCGUGGAAUGUAUCAGGAAUGGACAGGAGAAUGAGUGCCUUCAGGUACACCCAACGCUGGUUUUAUGGAUUAAAAACUUUUUACAGGACAGACCACAACAGGUGCUCGUGAAGGGUUUUACAUCUAGCAAAUUGAUUUAAACACGGGGCUCCCUCAAGGUUGCGUUUUACCUUCCAUCCUCGUCUCUGCAUACACUAAUAACAUCUCCUGCAGCAGUGAAGGAAUGACACUUUUUAAAUAUGCAGAUGACAUGGCCUUGGUGGCCCUCUGAUCCUCUGUCCCAGUACCAGCAGGCAGUCAGCAACCGGGUCAAAACAUUCAGUGAGAACCCACUCGAGCUGAACAUCACCAAAACCAAAGAGUUGUGCUGUGGAGGCAAUAGCAAGGCACUAACAGCGCCAUCUCUUUUCCAGCCACUCAGCAUCCAGGAGCAGCUGGUAAAGCAGGUCCAGUCCUUUAAAUACCUGGGGACUGACAUUGAUACCCGUCUAUCCUUUGCAUCAGUGGUCCCCAACCUUUUUUGACCCACGGACCGGCUUGUGUUCCCACAAACCUCCCGAGACCGGCGAGAGAUCACACCCCUACAAGAUCAAACGGGCAUCGGGGGCCACACACCAGCAGGCCCAGAGACGCCCCCGCAACCGGAAAGGAGCCCACGGGAUAAUUACCUUAUUACGUAUUAUUGCACUACCAAUUUGAACUGAUCUGUUCUGUAUUUAUUUAAUCUUAUUCAAUUUUCUUAUUUUUCUUACCUCUCCUAUCUUGCUUUGUUUGUUUUUAAGUGAUUAAGUUUAUUAUGACAUUUUAGCAGAG